AUGGAUUCAUCAGAUGGGUUUGAACAUGUUACGCCGCCCUCAGAGAAUGUUGGAGAGAAGGUUGAGGUGGAUAACGAUAUUGAGUGUAGUGAGGAGGAGAAAAAUAAGGAGAAAGAAAUGGACGACGGUGAGGAAGAGGCUACCGGUGAUAAAGACUCAAAGGCGGUUCAAACAAGUCCUGAAGAUGAAAUACCCGAAACACGCCCUACUUGGACCCGGAUGCAUCUUCGACACUUGUCCACCGAGGUUUUGAAGAAAAACAACAUAGAUUAUGUGAUCGAUCCCGAGGAUCCAGAUUAUGUCUUGAUUCAACGUUGGGUUCCUGAAUAUGAGCAAGAUUUUUUAUGGGCUGCAACCCGUGCUUCACGUACUAGAAGAACUUCUGAGAACCGUCGCUCCAGCUCGCCAUAUCCAUCACGCGUUCGCUUUAAUCGAGCUUCGUCACCUGGUAUCAUUGAAGUCCGGGUAGGUAAGCAAGGAGCGGAGCUCAAGCUGGAUAUCAAUAGAAUGGACUUUAAAGAUUGGGCAGCAUCAAAGUAUAUGGAACAAAGAGGAAAACAUGUACUAGAUGUUGCUGUGGAAGAUGGAAAAGCGAUUAGAUUGGCGAUCAAUUCAGAGGCUUUGAGAGAUGAAUUGCGAAUAGUGAUAGGAGCUGGUGUAGGUCUUGUGAUAAGUGAAUGGUGCAAAGUUCUGACAGGGCCUUGGAAAGUUCUUGUGGAGUAUGAGGGAGUAAUUAGAGCACGAUUGCGCAAACUGGAGGAAAUGAUGAAGUCUCGAGACGAGAAAUUGGCGAACGACCCGGUGGAAGACAAAGAUAAAGUAACCGAUCACGUUCAUGAAGACAGAAAAUCAGAUCGCAAGGUUCGAUUCAGAGAUCCACCAUCCAGUUGCGAGGUGUGUGAUGUUGUUUACCCUCCUCACGAGACCCCUCUCGCAUGCGUUGAUACUAGAGUGGCUCACCUCAAGUGCCUGAUUGAAUUCAUGGACCGCGAUCUGAAAUAUGUUUUCGAACUCCGACAACAGAUCAAAGACGGUUCUGUCACCGAAAUCGCGUUCACCGAUCUUUGGCAUUUAUUCAGUCCCGGUGAUUUGAUUGUCACCUAUCCUAUGUCUCGCGCGUAUCGAGUCUUUCAUACAUCGGGUGGUCGAUUGCGCUUAUCUAAACCGGAGCUAUUCGAAAAGAAAGCAGUGUGCUCGCCUUUCAACAUUAACUGCUUUUAUAUGAUGUCUGAUUGGAAAGUCGUUGGCCCAGUCCAUGAAACUUUAAGAAUAUCAGAAUAUGCUGGAAAGAAGUCAGUCUCGGAAUUACUAGUUGAGCUGGAUGGGAAGCUCAUGACAGAGAGAGUUACUGUCUUACCCCUUAAGUUACUCUCGAUCAGUGAGCGGAAGGAUCAAAUGUCAUAUCUUGUUGCUAGAGGAAAAAAAUUGAGAUCCUUGAAACAAGGCGAUCACAAAUAUUAUUUUGGCAGUGCUGGGGAAGAAGUAUCAAACUCUUCAAAUAGUGAAGAUUUGAAAUUUUCAGGGCGACAUCCAGUGUAUGGAACGAAUUAUUUCGUAAAUCUAAAGAAAGAGCGCGAAGAAAUCAAGAGCGAGGUUAUCAUAGAUAACGAGUUUGAGAUUGAGAACAAAGCUAUUGGUCUUUUUGAUGCAAUUGAAUUCGAUUCAAGAGAAACCGCAGAGAAUUGUACACAUUAUGGAGUAUCGAACAACCAAUACUUUAAUGAUCGCGGAUUCCAGAGAGGUUGUCGAUGCUCGGACUUGAUCGUGGACAAUGUUGUUGACAACGAUCGUGCGGCCAAGUGCAAAGAUGAUAUUCAUCUUUUGCAUCCUCGUGAUGUUAACGAUGAACUCGAAGAUGAGUUCCUCAUGUUACUGCCACCCACUGUCGAGGGGUUUGUGCUGGAGAGAAAAACAUGGAAGAUGCUAAGUGUAGAUACGAUAAGCGAUUUGAAACAAGAAGGAGCGGAAAAUCCUGUAGAUUUCAAAUCUCUCGUGAUACCUGAAGGACACGAGAGUCUAUUGAAAGCAUUGGUGGGAACGCACCCCAGCAGUCAAUCACUACCAUCUAGAAUAAGCAGGGAUCCAUCCAGCCUCGCAAUUCUGCUCCACGGACCCAAAAGCACAGGGAAAUUCCUCACCGUGAAAGCACUCGCCUCUCAUUUCAAUAGACCGCUGUACACCAUAACUAGCGCAGAUCUUGGCAUGAUUACAUGGGACGCUGCACGGGAGCUUGCUACCCAUUUCAAACGAGCCACAAAAUGGAAUUGUAUAAUUGCAAUUCCAGAUGCGGAACGUCGGUUCCCACACCGCAAGAGCCCUUCGGAUGGCGAUUCCAACACGUCAGGAUUAUUUUUGAGAGAGUUAGAGCUAUUCAGAGGUAUUGUUAUUCUAACGACGGAUAUAAAAGAUGAUGUGGAGGAGCAAGUUGUGAGAGGUAUGAACAUGUGUCUCGGAAGCGAUUUCUGGAGCAGAUCAGAGAAUCUUCAGGUUUGGCGGAAAGUUUUGAAAAAGCGUGGAAUUUAUCCUGCAAAAGAAAAUGAGAAACUACCAGCUGAGACUGAAGCGAUAAUUGGGGAAGCGGACUAUGAUCGUUGGCUGAGAUUCAUGGAUGGAUACUAUGGAAAAGGAAAGCGGUGGAGUGGUGUGGAAAUGGACAAUUACUUUGAUACAGCAUUGGCUUUGGCAGGGUAUGAGACCUAUGCUACCGUCAGAUCGGCGUAUGUCUUGACUGAAAGUCACUUGAGUAUUGCAGCAGCGGUUACUGAUGGUUCAGUGUUCUCCGUGUUGUAA